AUGGCUCAGACCACUGCUUCUUCUUUUCCUUCUGCUGCUGGGGACCCCGUCAACCAUUAUGCACAGAACGUGAUCAAAAAUUUUCAUCGAGAACUCGAAACUCCUUCGGCAGCCCCCCAGCAGUCUGAAGCGAGGCCUCGCACCCUCUCAUUCGAUGCUGACAAGUACCUCCGCCCCGCAGAACAGCCCAUCAUACCGGUCCCUUCCAGUAACUUGGCCGAGCAAGUGGGUAUCAUCGGGGGUGGAAUCGGCGGCCUCUAUGCUGCGUUACUGCUUCGCGACGCUGGGAUCCCUUCCGACAUCUACGAAGCCAGCGACCGUCUUGGUGGGCGUUUGUUCACGUAUAAGUUCCCCCAGUCGCGUGAAUACGACUAUUUCGACGUCGGUGCGAUGCGAUUUCCCGACACGCCCGCCAUGAAGCCGGUCUUCGACCUCUUCAAGCGGCUUGACGUGAAGACGCUCAAGUACUACUUUAAGGACAAACUUGGCAACUCGACGCUCUUCUACAACGAUAUCGUCAAGAAGAGAACCGACGAAUCGAAGAUUGUGCCGAAGGACUUCAACAUCACCGGCUUGCCCGACAAGUGGGGAAGCCUUGGGGUGGAGGCCAACAUGUCGAACGUCAUCAAACCCUUCAAGGACGGGCUCAUCAAGGACGCGAAGGAACAUUCCGAGAAGGGAUGGGAGCUCAUGAUGGAAUACGACCGAUACUCGACCAGGGGAUACAUGUCCGAUCGCCGCAGCGACUAUCGGCCGGACCUGGACGAGAAAAAGCUCAUGCCUUACCCUGUCAGCAUUGUAGAGUGGUGCGAGACGUUCGAUGGCUCGUCGACGUCGUUCGAUAGGGCCCUCACGGAGAGUGUCCUCGACAGUCUAGCAUUUGCAUACGACGACCAGCCUAUCGAUUGGCACUGCAUCGAUGGCGGAUCCAGUAGGCUGGCUGACAAGCUGGCAGAGUAUUUGGAGAGUCCCGGCGGGCCAUGGCAUAGGGUAUACCGGAACAACUCCGUCACAGGCAUCAGAUACCACAAGGGGUUGAACAUCGUCGGCGUCGCCAAUGGCCGAGGUACAACUUAUUACACUCACGUCAUCACCACCACCACUCUUCCCUGCCUGCGCGCCAUGGACCUGUCAGAGGCCGGGCUGGACUACCCACAGAAGAACGCGCUGCGGGCGCUGUACUACAGCUCGGCGACCAAGAUCGGGGUCAAGUUCAAGACCGCGUGGUGGCAGGACGACGCAGUGAUGAAGAAGUAUGGCGGCUUCGGGGCCAUCGUUGGCGGUCAGUCGUACACCGACAACAUGUCUCGCAUGAUCGUCUAUCCGUCAUACUCCGCCGGGUCCCAGACGCCUUCGACCGUGCUUAUCGCUAGUUACGCCUGGACCGGGGAUGCUCUGGCCUGGACGGGACUCAUGCAGUCUGAGGACCGUAUGAGGCGUAGGCUGCUCGACGAUCUCGCCGAAGUGCACCGCUUCAACGCAAACGGACGGAAAUUCCUGGAGGACCAGGUCGAGUCGAUCUAUCCGUACAGCUGGAACAACGAUCCGAACACCAUGGGUUCUUACGCGUUCUUUGGUCCCGGAGACUUCUCUGACUUGUACCCGCACCUCACUCGUCCAGCCGCCAAAGGCAGGCUUCACUUCGCUGGAGAGGUUGCGAGCGCACGCCAUGCAUGGGUAGUUGGCGCCCUCGAGGCGUCCAAGCUUGCUGUUCAUCGCAUCAUCAGUUCCAGCUACCCAGAGAAGCUCGAAGAGUUCGAGAAGAAGUGGGGACUGCCGGAAGCGUGGACACGAGAGUCGAUUAUGAAGCAAGUUGCUGUUACGCUGGAGGGUGUGUAUGCGGACACUCCCUUGCAGGGUGAACAGUAGGCUGUGCGGGUGGCUGUAAUAAGUUGUACAUCGAAAUAUCUGGUGCAGAUUUUAUACAAGCGGCGGCACCUCAUUCUAUGCAGUUGACUUCAUUGACAACGACGCAGUGCCAGUGCU